UUUAUGAAGUACCACAUAUAUUUUAUAUAUGCUUAUAAGUCAAUUAAUAAAUUCAAUUUUAAGGAAAUAUUAAUAUCCAAUGUCCACUAGCAAUAAUGUAAAAUCUAAGAAAUCCUCAAAGGAUCGAGAGAAAAGGAAGUCUUUGCCAAGUACAAGCAAUGCAAGUGACACUAACACAAGUGAUAAAGGAUCAUCAGAGCAGGAUGGCAUGCAAUAUGCUGGAAUUGGCCCAGAUAUUAUACGCAAUUAUGCAGAACAAACAAUGCAUGAAGCCCAUUUAUCAGAUGAAGUCUGUAAUCUCCUUAGUGAAGAUAUCAACUAUAAGCUCAGAUAUAUUAUUCAUGACGCCCUGUUAACAGCACGGUUGCAUGGCGAUAAUGUAAUAAGUUCAAAAGAUAUUGACGAAUCCUUCAGAAACUUAUCUAUUGAAAAAGUUUAUGGUGCAACUACUACGCCGAAUUGGGUACCCUUUAGUGAUGUACCGGGCGCAAACAGCAGUGAUCAAUUUUUUUAUUAUUUAGAUGAUAGUCUUGUGAAUCUCGUGGAAUUGGCAGAAGAAGAACCCACAUACGUUCAACACGGUGAUAUUAUUUUAACAAAAAGCUGGUUUCCAGAUUCAGAUGCCGAAAAUGUAAGUGAGGUGUACCAGAAUUACUUCAAGACGGCGUGCCAAUGUUUGAUAAGUGGCGAUGACGAAUUGAGAGAAGUGACCUUACAGGAUAUAAGUGAAAAUUCAAAAAUCGGUCCGAUAUCCCAGUGGUUCUACAAUUUUGGAUACUUCCUGCUUAUAAAAAAUAUAACGUAUGAUUCUCUGACUUUAAGAGCAUUAGAUCUAAUAGAAACUUUAGAGAACAGCCCCAUACCAAGUUCUACCGCGUCACAUAAAUCUCUUCAACUUUUAGUUAGGCUCCUUUUACAAAGACUGUUGCUUUCUUAUACGUCUCCGGAUAUUCUUAAGCGGAUGUGUUUUACUUUAAGUAUUUUGUGCCUUAGGGAACCUCUACGACAACUAGCGAUAUCAAAAAUCAAUCAAAAAAUAGACGUGAUUGGUCAAGGUGCUAUGCUUCCAGUAUUAACUAUCAUUUACUACUUGGGAGUUGACGCCGUUAAAGCAAUAUUUUUACCACGUAUUACAUUUUUCCUUGAUCAGAUUUUAAAAGAAAAUGGGGAGAUGAUAUAUUUUAUUUUGGCUAUUUAUGGUGUGAUAUGCCACGCAGAUCUGGACGACCAGUACACACAUAACUGGUUCGAUGCUAUCAUUCCCAGUGAUUUAGUUAUGUAUUGGAAGUCGUUUCAUCAACAGAAGGACGAUGAAAAAAUAGAAAUUAACUUUGCUACAAUGAAGUGCAAAUUAAUAUUAACUCGACGUAAGAUCGAUUGCACAGCUAGAAUUAUCGCAAAACCAUCAUUAGAGGACAUUUUAAAUAGCGGAGACAUCAAUCUUUUGAAUUCGUACCUGCACAAUAUCGAAGAAGUUUUUACGUUGCCUACCCAUGACUGUAAAAUACGAACAAAAAUUGAGGAGCAUAGGAGGAACAGGCAGGUGUAUAGGAAACAAACACAUGUAGUAAUCGGUAAAACUAGUUUAUUAUUGUCAGUAUUAAAUAGUGGUCAAAAACAUAAACGAAUUUCAAAUUGUUAUGGACAUUCCUUGAUGGAUUAUAUAUUGUAAAAAUAAAGAUUUUUUUU